UCUCAUCCUAUCAGAAAGAGGCUUCCAGGAUAUGUCCUUUGAAUACAGACAUUAUAAAAGGGAGGCAAAGCUCUGCACCUGCCGUGGAGGUUGGGCUCAUGUGCUCCUCUGCAUUGGAGUUAGCCAAGGAGCGUGUGCAGAACACUUGCCUCGUAGGCCAGCCGUAGAGAAGGAUGUUCCAGGUGCAGGCGAAGUUUUGUUCAUGUGUUCCUGGAGGAUUUUUCCCGUGGCAAGCGCUUCUCCAUCCUCCAGCAUCUCAGGCCUGGUCAUGGGAAAUCAUAGCUGGAAGGCCCGCCCCAAUCACAGGUGACAGCCUGAGAGCAGUGGCACGCACACACACACACAAGGCACCCAGCACGAGGAUCUGGAGAAAUGAGGCAAAUUCCUGAUGAUGGGUGGGGAGGGGGUCCCCAGCCACCUGGGAGCUGGCAGGUGGCCCAUGGUGAUGAAAGCCCAGGGAAGCAUGUGAACCCCGGCAGCCCUACACAACUUGGGGCCCCUCUCCUCUCCAGCCCUUCUCCUGUGUGCCUGCCUCCUGCCGCCACCACCAUGACCACCACCAUCGGCCAGUUCACCUCCUCCAGCUCCAUCAAGGGCUCCUCUGGCCUGGGGGGCGGCUCGUCCCGCACCUCCUGCCGGCUGUCUGGCUGCCUGGGUGCCGGCUCCUGCAGGCUGGGAUCUGCUGGCGGCCUGGGCAGCGCCCUCGGGGGUAGCAGCUAUUCCAGCUGCUACAGCUUUGGCUCUGGCGGUGGCUAUGGCAGCAGCUUUGGGGGUAUUGAUGGGCUGCUGGCCGGAGGUGAGAAGGCCACCAUGCAGAACCUCAGUGACCGCCUGGCCUCCUACCUGGACAAGGUGUGCGCCCUGGAGGAGGCCAACCCUGAGCUGGAGGUGAAGAUCCGUGACUGGUACCAGAGGCAGGCCCCGGGGCCUGCCCGUGACUACAGCCAGUACUACAAGACAAUGGAGCUGCAGAACGAGAUCCUCACAGCCACCGUGGACAAUGCCAACAUCCUGCUACAGAUUGACAAUGCCCAUCUGGCUGCUGCUGACUUCCGCACCAAGUUUGAGACAGAGCAGGCCCUGCGCCUGAGUGUGGAGGCCGACAUCAGUGGCCUGCACAGGGUGCUGGAUGAGCUGACCCUGGCCAGAGCCGACCUGGAGAUGCACAUUGAGAACCUCAAGGAGGAGCUGGCCUACCUGAAGAAGAACCACGAGGAGGAGAUGAACUCCUUGCGAGGCCAGGUGGGCGGUGAGAUCAAUGUGGAGAUGGACGCUGCCCCAGGCGUGGACCUGAGCCGCAUCCUGAACGAGAUGCGUGAUCAGUAUGAGGAGAUGGCAGAGAAGAAACGCAAGGAUGCCGAGGAUUGGUUCUUCAGCAAGACAAAGGAGCUGAACUGCAAGGUGGCUACCAACAGCGAGCUGGUGCAGAGCGUCAAGAGCGAGAUUUUGGAGCUCCGGCGCACCAUGCAGGCCUUGGAGAUCGAGCUGCAGUCCCAGCUCAGCAUGAAAGCAUCCCUGGAGGGCAACCUGGUGGAGACAGGGAACCGCUACUGCAUGCAGCUGUCCCAGAUCCAGGGGCUGAUCGGCAGCGUGGAGGAGCAGCUGGCCCAGCUUCGCUGCGAGAUGGAGCAGCAGCACCAGGAGUACAAGAUCCUCCUGGACGUGAAUACGCGGCUGGAGCAGGAGAUCGCCCCCUACCGCCACCUGCUGGAGGGCGAGGAUGCCUGGUGAGUGGCGGGAGCCUGGGGUCAGGACUGGGGGCCUCUUGGCAGGGGUGGGGCUCUCAGACUCACAUCUAAUUUCCUCUCUGUUUUAUUUUUUGUUUUUUUUUUGUUGUUGUUGUUUGAGACGGAGUCUCUGUCGCCCAGGCUAUAGUGCAGUGCUGCGAUCUCGGCUCACUGCGAGCUCCGCCUCCCGGGUUCACGCCAUUCUCCUGCCUCAGCCUCCCGAGUAGCUGGGACUACAGGCGUCCGCCACCGUGCCCGGCUAAUUUUUUGUAUUUUUAGUAGAGACAGGGUUUCAUUUCACCAUGUUAGCCAGGAUGGUCUGGAUCUCCUGACCUCGUGAUCCGCCCGCCUCAGCCUCCCAAAGUGCUGGGAUUACAGGCAUGAGCCACCGCGCCUGGCCCACUGCUGCAUUUUCUAGCAGCCGAGCUAUAGUUCAUUUCUGUGAGCUCCUGAGACACCUUAGCUUGUCUCAGCCCGCUGGAUCGUUUCUCUAAUCCCUGCCCCGCUCAGGUCACCUGCUGCUGCCCUAAGCAGAGCCCACAUGCGCCCCCUAGUGGUGGGAAACCAAACGAUUCCGCAGAUCCUGUUUGUUGAGGGAGGAGGUGAAACGGGAUGCCCACGGGCGACCAAGCCUUCCUGAAUUUUGUGAAUUCUGAUUCACAUCUACUUUGGAGAGACUCUCUGGCAUCAUCUCAUGAUGGGAACCCUAGUGCUGGUCACCCACUCAGUUAUUAUAAUUAAUUUUGCGUUCAUAAUAUAUUUAACUGGUUCAAAAAUCAAAACCAUAUAAAUAGGAUACAGUGGGGCCGGGCACAGUGGCUCACACCUGUAAUCCUAGCACCUUGGAAGGCUGAGACGGGCAGAUUGCUUGAGCUCAGGAGUUCGAGACCAGCCUGGGCAACAUGGUGAAACCUUGUCUCUACUAAAAAUUUUUAAAAAUUAGCCAGGCAUGGUAGUGCACGCCUGCAGUCCUAGCUACUCGGCAGGCUGAGGUAGGAGGAUCACUUGAGUCUGGGAGGCAGAGGUUACAGUGAGCAGAGAUCAUUCGCGCUGCACUCCAGCCGGGGUGACAGAGUGAGACUCCGUCUUUAAAAAAAAAAAAGUGUGCAGUGAAAAGUUUCACUCCUUUCUCUGCUCUUAUUCACCCACUUCCUAUGUACAAGUCUCACACAGGGAACCACUUUUGUUUCCAUGCAUCCCUCUAGAGGCUUUCUUUUGUUGGUUUUUUGUCUGUUUGGUUUUUUGUUUUUUGAGACAGGGUUUCAUUCUUUCACCCAGGCUGGAGUGCAGUGGUGCAAUCUCAGAUCACUGCAACCUCCGUGUGCUGGGCUCAAGCAAUCCUCCCACCUCCGCCUCUUGAGUAGCUAGGAUACAGGCUCAUGUCACUACACCCAGCUAAUUUUUGAAAUUUUUGUAGAGAUGGGGUCUCCCUAUGUUGCCUAGGCUGGUGUCAAACUUCUUGGCUCAAGUGAUCUUCCCACCUUGGCCUCCCAAAGUGUUGGGAUUAUAGAUGUGAGCCACUGCACCUGGCCUAGAGUUUUUUGUUUGUUUGUUUUUUAGUAGAGACUGGGUUUCACUAUGUUACCCAGGAUGGUCUCCAUCUCCUGACCUCGUGAUCCACCUGCCUUGGCCUCCCAAAGUACUAGGAUUACAGGCGUGAGCCACCGCACCCAGUCAAGUUUUUUGUACUAAUAAAAAAGAUUGUAUUCUUUGUUCACACCUCCGUUUUUGUAAUUAAAAGGUGUCAUGCAAUUAUACCAUUCU